AUGGCAGACGGCACGAAUACCGGGCCGCCCCUGGUACACAGGUUGUACGAACCCGGACAUCACGCGGAUUUUGCCUUCCAGAGCGCCGCUAAGAACGGAGUUAUAGCGCAUCACUGGGACUUCGGCGACAUGCCGCCCGUCGCUGGGGUGUCAGAGGCCGAAGUAACACAGAUUAUUGCCUACAUAAGAGAUUUGCAGCGAGAGGGCGGCAUUAUUAGAUAA